GGUGUGUUGGGUUUAGGGUGCAGCGCAGGGCAGUUGAGCACCACACAGCCUGGCUUCUGGCUCGAGGGCUUCAGGUACUCUGUGGCUCCAUCUGCCAGGACAGCCUUGAAAGCUGCGGCCCGGUCCACCCUCACCCUCAAGCCCUCACCCAUUACCUCCCCACCAGCCACGGGGAGAAUGCCACUGCCACGGAGGGACAGUACCCUGGACAUCACUGAUGGAGGGACCUGGGCAGGUGAAGGGAGCAAUUAGAGACUCAUAUAUAUGCAUGCAUUAACAAAAAGUAUAUGUGAAUGUUUGAGGAGGGAAAGAUGUGAGGGCAAAUACAUGUGCAUGUAUGCCAAGUAGGUAUGAGUUGAUGUUCUACAUUCAUACUAGUAAUAAUAUACUUAUAGCUUUUACCUUCAGAUGUCUGUCUGAACAACUUUUGCACAUGCAUGUGUGGUUAUAACAUUACAAAACUGCAUAUCAAAAAAAUAUCAGAUGGUGGUAUCUGCUUCAAAAACCCACAUCAGUAUCUGCAAAAUCAACAUGCAAAAAAAAUAUCAGCAUCCUCUUACACAAGGAUGCAUGAACACGCCCACUUGUACAACGUGCCGGAGGUGUGGGUUCAAAGAUACAUUUGUUUGAAUUAUUUACACUCGGACAUAACCGAAAUGAGGCCACAUUUUAUGACAUUUAUGUGUACGAGCUAUGGAAGAGGCCCCCGUGGUGUUCAGCUGUGUUAGCUGCGUGUUUGUGUGACCCAUAUUGCACGUGCAACUCAUGGGUUAAUAAUUACUGCCGCGGGCUGUUACUGUCUGGUCGAUCAUGAUGAGGCAAAGUCAGCGGUCACAGGAUUCAGCAGUCACCGUAUCACUCAAACAUAUUCAUGAUUUGAUGAUUUAAAGGACUCAGGUCAGCGUUCACCUCUUUUAAUCAAGCAGCCAAUUGGCCUCAGCUGAGCGCUAUAAAGCAGUGAGUUCCGGUCACGCCGAGUCGCGUUUGUAACCGUUGAAAAACACCAUCCGUCCAUUUAAAUAUCACUGCGCUUAACAAAAUCACUCGCGCGAUUUAGCGACGGUCAAGGACGGAACUAUACUGCUGAGUGGAAGAACACAAUGUCAAAGAGUACGAAGUUGAACGCGUGAACCAGCGAUGUUUAACAUGCCCGGCUAUGAUUCCGGUUUAAUAAACACGUCUCUGUCAGUGCAUCUAGCGUCAACUGAAACACAUAAAUAAGGCAAAAACACAUUGAAAUGAGCAAGGAACCCGUUAAAUUACUAUCUAAACCCAACAGGCAUCAGUUAAACCAACCUGCCCGUCCGCAUACAGCGUGUUAAGCAUCGUGGUCGGAGACAAGAAGUCCCUGUUACGCAGGUUUUUAGCGCUGCUCUCCUUGAACCAAAGCUUCUCCGGUUCAGGGAAGAUCCUGUCGCCGUUUAGCUGGCUGGAAUCGGGGACAUUUUCACGCUUCCCCCGCAGUGCGGAGCUCAGCGCCCGGACGGUAGGGGUGAUCCGGAGGGGCGAAGACUCCUCGAUAUUCUCCAUCACCACCACCACCAGCACACGGACAGAUGCUCAACUGGGGGUCGGAGGCGAUCCGUAACCAGACCACGGGCACCGUGAAGGACUCUGUCGUGUACAACCGAAUGACCACACUGCUGGCGGAGAAGGGGGGGUACAUGUCUCGGGUGCAGGCGAUUGAGGUUGAGGCAGAGGACGAGGAGGAACGGUUACAACCCAUUAACACCACGUACACGACUCCAUCGAAGAAAACGACCGUGAUGGAGCAAGUCUCUACGUUGGACGCGCAGGAGGACGCCCGGCUACAGAGGUUGAUGGACCAUGAGAAGGAAAGGCAGAACAAUCUAAUGAGUUAGCUGGUGGCCAUGCAUGAAAGGAUCAGCCGAGAAAACCACGAGAGACACCUCGAACUCGUGGACAGCAUACUGUCAUGUGACAUGAUGGACGAUGUGAGACAGGUGUGACCAGCGGAGUGUGACCGGAGGACUCCCACCGGUCCGUCUGGGUUUCACCCUGGAAAGUCCGGUGGAUUUGGCGGAGUACCUGAUCCACCCUGGAGCCCUCCAGCAUGAAGAUGGAAUGUGAGACUGCGAGGAAUGGGCUUCACCUCGCCAUGUCGGGGCUUUAUGUCAACAUUGUCAUGCCCCAUUGCUGUUGCUCUGGGUUUUGUUUUGGGCCUGGUUCUGAGGACCAGCGUCGUUAUGACAGACCUGGACAAAGAGUACAUCAACUUCCCUGGAGAGAUGUUAAUGCAGAUGUUGCAACUGAUCGCCAUUCCUCUCUUCAUGUCAGGUCUGGUGAAGGAAAUUUGUCAUCCGAGUGUUGGCCUCUCCAGACAGAUCACCAUGCGCUCAACAGUGUACUUUGUUGUAACCACUUUACUGGCUGUUGCUAUAGGGUUACUAUUGGUAGUGUGGGUCCAGCCUGGGGUCGGUCACAAUGCUGGUAAAACCGAUGAUGAUUACGUUGAGGAUGAAUUCUUCUCCUCAUUCGAUGAGUUUGUGGAUCUAAUGUGGAACAUGCUGCCACUCGAUGUGAUCCAGACCGUCUGUCAACAGUACCAGAUUAAGAAUGUGAAGGUUGAAAUUAAAGAAUUCGAUGAGGAUACCGUGGAAACGACUACAACAGAAAUGCGUUGGGAGGCUGAAUAUAUUUACGGGGUCAAUGCUUUGGGCCUUCUUGUCUGGACUCCUGUUUUGGCAUUGGCCCUCAGGAAAUUGGGAAGAGAUGAGAAAGUACUUGUGAACAUCCUUCUGUCCGUAAACAAGGUCGUCAAACUUGUGAUCAAAGCCAUCGUAGGCUACUUGCCAAUCGCAGUGUUGUUCAUGACUGCAAGCUAUGUUGUUGAUGUUGUGUACGACGAGGCUCUCGUCCAAAUCGGAAAGCUCAUGGGAGUGUAUUUUCUUGGGCUUGUCAUCCAUGGAGCAGUAGUCCUGCCACUGAUCUAUCUCCUGUGUGUGAGGCGCAACCCCUUACCGGUCAUUCAGAAGGGGCUUCCUGCCAUGAUGAAGGCCAUGCUCAUCCCGCGCAGUAGAAUCACUCGCUUCAUGCUGCCGAUGGGGAACAAAGUCAACAUGAACGGAACAGUUCUUUAUGAAGUGGUGGUGGCAGUUUUCAUCGCCCAACUCAACCACAUGGAUCUGCACUGGACCAACCUAGUCCUGCUUUGUAGUGUGACAGUAGCAGUGUCCAGCCUCGGAGAAGACGGGAUCCCAGCCACAGGAACAGCCACCACUCUCUUCAUUUUGACACUCACUGAGAUUCCUGUGAAGGGCGUUUGCCUUUUGUUGGCUGUAGAAUGGCUGCUAGAUCGCUGCAAUGCUGCUGUCAACGUCCUGGGAGACUGCAUCGGUUUGUCGCUUGUUGACCAUUUGUCAGGAAAUAAACUGGAUGAAAGAACGGGGAAUGAGAAGAUCUCCAGAGUACAUCAUGGCUCUGCAAAGAGGAAAGAAAUGCUGUUACCCACAUCAGACUGCAAGGGAGAGAAUAUAGUGCGGCAUAGGCGCUGGGCAAGUAUGUCUAAAGUGUCCCAAAUCCAUACUAAUCCUAUUCAGAAUGCAUUUCAUAAUUGUCAUCAUAGAUAAAGCCUCAGCAGUUGUGGCCUGCUAUACUAUUACCACUACAUCAUGGCUUAUUUAUGACUCUAGCAUUCUAUACUAUUUAGAUUUACACUAUUCUUUAUGUAUUUUUUCACCGUACUAAUACUUCUGUGACUUUUGACAUGUACUACGGCUUUUUCCAGAUACUAUACUACACCUUUUACUUUCUUCGACAAACUAUUGUUAAACAUAUUACACUAUGACUUGUUUUGCUUCUUUGACACACUAUGCGACCAUUUAUAACAUUUUAAGGGCAUAGGAAUAGCUCUAUACUUAACGUCAAGUAUACUCUAUUCAGCAAACCAGAUAUUUAAAGCACCCUGUGGCCACUUAAGUCUAUAUUUACGAUACCUAUAAUGUUCAGUUGUUUGAUACUUUCAUAGAGGUAUUAUGUGUUUUCUUUGCAGGUGAAUAAAUGUGACAACUCCUCAAAACUCGUGAGACCCGAGUUUGCUAGUCAGCCAGCUGUUGAUUUAAGUGAAGGGCGGUUAGCCCCGAAGUUAGCGACAGCUUGGGCCACUUAAGGUGGACCAGCCCCUCCUACGUUUUACUGAGCACGGUUAAUAAUAUCCCUACUGCAAACCAUGUUGAAAUCUGAGCAACAGCAUAAUGGAGUUUAUUUAAUGUGUUUCAUUCUCAGAAAGAGAGGAACACUUGAUUAAAAUAAAAGAUAUUUAAGUCAUUGUUAGAACCGUAGUGGUAUUACUAAGUACUCUGUAUGGAAAAGUGCUUGGUCUGAUAAAAGUGGUGUCAGUGCAUCUUGUAAUGGUAGAAUUUAUGGCCGUUGACAGCACAGGUGUACUUUGUACCUUGUAUUUCAUUAUCCUGAAUGUGUCUUUACCUGAGCUGUGUGAGGCUCUUGGCUCCGAUGUCCUGACAGGAGUGCUGGAUGCCAGCCAGCAGGUAGGGAACAAACUUGUGGAUGGAGCCUUUGUCCUGCACCGCUCCAGAAACACCCUGAGCAACUUUAAUCUUAUCACACUCACUGUGAGGGAAGAGGAGGAAAACAAUGUGUGAGCGACAUGAUGGGGUCAGUGACAUUUAAAGCAUGAUCGUGUACAACCUUUUUUGAGAAUGUUGUGAUGUUUACUUUAUUUUUUUUAUUUUUUAUUUUUUAAGAUUUAAUUUAAGCAUCAUUGGGUUAAAUUAAAUGUCUGACUCAGUCCUUUUUUAGUGGGCUCAUCAUUCUUUACCACAAGGUAUGUGGUAAUGUCUAAUGUUCUGAAAACCACAGAACAUUGUGGGAAGAACUGUUAAAGAAUGGUCUCUAGUGGCAUGUUCGUGAGACUGCGUUGAAGGGAACAGUGCACUUUCAUGUUAUUCUCUUUUGGGGUAAGAGUUGGACCAUUGCUUUGUUGUAAUUUAACCUGCAGAUAUACAGUCACUACUAUGGUGCCAUCGACUUGAAUGAUACAUUCCGUUAGGCCAGUUUUAGUUUUGUACCUGAAGUAUCUGGUCUGGGAGCCCAGGUUUUUAUCCAUGGCAUCCAGGGAGCCCAUGCCGCGGUAUUUCUUUAGCCUGAUGCCGUCAGAGAAGAAAUAUUCACCAGGAGCUUCACUGGUAGCAGCCAGCAAAGAGCCCAUCAUCACUGGACACACGGGGGGAGAGAGAGAGAGGGAGAGAUUGAAAACGAAAGAUGAUGACUGAAAGGAAAAAAGGCUAGGUGCUUUUUUUCCCAGCAUGAAUCUGGAUUCACACGGAGUAAACGAAUUAAUCCAAAUCUGAAAAUCUACCGUCCGAAUUAUAAUCCUCUCUGUAACAUGAAUUUGAAAGAAAGAAAUAAAAUGGUUUUAUUUUGUGCUUAUCUCACCCAUCAUCUAAAUAUCUGAAUUAUAAACCCUUGCACUCUGAAACACCCAUCUAUCCAUACCUGUGGAUGCUCCCAGUGCCAAAGCUUUGGCAAUGUGCCCAACCGUCUGGAUGCCGCCAUCAGCGAUGACCGGCACACCGAAACGCCUGGCGUACUCCGACACCUUAUAGACAGCUGUGGCCUGGGGUCUGCCGCACGCCAGCACUGAAGAGGGAAAGAAGAGAUGAAAUGGGAUUAAAUGAUGUGAGGAAAAAGUGUACCGCUGUUGAAUUAAAUCAUUUUAAACAUGUUGCUCGUCUCCUGAUGACUGUAAGCUAGUCCUGUACUACAUAUCGACCCCCCCCUCCCCAACCUACUACAGAAUACACAACCGAAGCUCACAAAAGGCUAACACACCUCACCAGACAAAGCUUUACAGAUUCAUGUUGGAAAUUGGAAUAAAAUGCAGACAUUUUCCAUCUUUACCAGCAAACUAUCCUUCCAUAUCAGCACAAGUUUACAAAAACACUGCUUCAACAUAAAUAUAAAGAGGUUUGGAACCAGGAGCUGUCCGACUGAGUUAAAGAGAGUUCAACUAAACUUUGAUCAGCAUGGUGGAAACUUUCGGUGAUCCAAGUGAUGUUAAAAAAACACAAAUAAAGAGUCUCACACACAGUGAAGGAGCAGACUGGGUGGGAACGGAUCUCUUUCUGUUGUCAUGCUAGUUAAAGAAAAGUGAGAAUGGGGAAGUUAUACUUGUCACAUCAGCAGAUAAAUCCCACACCGCAUGGAGACUCCAAACCCGCCUCUCAUAAUAUAUCCUGCCGCUAUGAGGGACACAGACGAUCACAUUGACAACGAGCCGCCAAAGAUGAACAUCCCAAUUCCUGUUUUGCCAGUAGAGUGGUUUUCUUUCCUGUGAACUCAGGGCUGCACGGUACUUACCAACCAAACUGGUAGUCCUAAUUAUCCUGCUGUGUAUUG